AGAACUCACCAUUGUAAAGAAUGCAAUAAAUGUAUAUUGAGAAUGGUAAUUGUUUUAUCUAUUGUUUAAAUAAUUAGGACCAUCAUUGUCCAUGGGUUAAUAAUUGUGUAGGUUUGAAAAAUCAUAGGUAUUUUUGCCAAUUCAAUUUCUAUGCUCUCUUGUGCAUGAUCCAAUGUACAUUAUUUAUUUCUUAUGAUUUGUUUGUUAAUGAUAGGCUUGUGUUACAAGUAUGCUUAUGUUAACAUCUUUUAGGAACUGACAAAAAAUUAAUAGUUUAUAUUGACAAUUUGUGAUGUAACCUGCCUUUCCUUAGUAUUGGUUAUGGGAUUUCUAUUGGGAUUUCAUAUCUACCAUAUCGCCCAAAACAUUACUACUGUCGAAUACCACAUAAAUGAGAUUAAAGCCAAUGUAUUUCGCAUAAUUAUUAAUAAAUACUUAUAGAACCCUUUCAGAAAGCCUAGAAUUAUAGAUAACUUUAAGGAAGUUUUUGGUCCUGAAAUUAAAUAUUGGUUUCUUCCUUUAGGAAAUGUAGAGAAAAGUGCCUUCCCUAGAACUGAUCUUUUCGAAGUGUGACAAC